GCGGCCCCGCCCACUUGGCGAAGCCGGGCGGGUGACUUAAUAUAAUGGGCAAUGUCCAAUCGGAGUCAACACAAGAAUCCGAGACUACCAAAGAUGGGGAGGAGAAAGCCAACCCGGACCGGAGCAAGCCGAAAUGGGGACCGAGUGGCACUAAACGAGAGACGGGAAGUCUGUCCCACGGCCCGCAAACCGCUGAUCCGAAAUAUGCCGGCCAAGCGCAGGGCAAAGAGCCCAGAGAAGGAGACAGGCAAUCAGGAGGCGCAGAGACGGGGAAGAGCAACUCGAAAAAAUCCAAGCUCAGGCUGUCGGUGUGGGCCCAGAAUUUGUCCAGCGGCGGGAUCAAGGAGGCUAGCCGCGGGGAAAAGGACCCUGUGGCGGAGAGACGCGGGCUGGCGUGUCUGAGCAGAGCUGACCUCCGGAGCGGCCAGAGUACUGGAUCCGUUCUCCCAGGAGAACAGAAAGGACCGAAGGCAGUCUUAAAGCCUCCCCAAGGGGGGGCCAGCAACCAUGGAGAGCUGGGCACCAGAAAAGAAGCGCCCAAAGGGAAAAGCAAGGCAGAGAAUGCCUCCUUAGGUCCACCGCCACAGCCGGAGGGAUGGAUGGAACUGGGGCCCGUCACACUUGUGGAGGAAGAUGCUGCGGAAGCCAAGGCCUGUGGCACCCAGCACAUCAAGCUGAGCCCAAAGGAACAUGCAGAGCACGAAGGGCGGCCGUCCAACUCUGGGCCUCCGACUCGGAAGCAGCUGGAAAGCGUGACGCCCUGCCCCGCGCCUUUGAGCGAGGACGUGGCGGGAGCCCCCAAAUCCCUGAGCAAGAGGAACAUAAAUAGGCCGGCUCCUUCCUGUGGCGUGGCUCCCCCCGGAGGGAAGAAAGUCCUUCUCUCGUGGGGGUCUGGAGAGAAAGAGCGGGAGAAGGAGCAAGUCGGCCAACAGGACAGCGCCCCCGGGAGCGAUGGCGACUCGAAGAGCCCUGCUCUGCUGACCGAACAUGCGACAACUUCCAGCGGCCCUGAAGAAAUGCCCGCGGCCUCGGGAAGCGAUGCAAAAGCUGCGGGAGAGGAUGAGGCGGAGGGGGCAGAAUCGGUCAGCUCGGAGUCGGUGCAAGAGCUGCUGCACUGGGGCCUCAACUUCCUGUACAAAGUGACCAUCCAGCCAGGUCAGUGGCCGCCCAGCAUCAAGGCCGUGAAACAAAAAGCGGGCCUCGUCCCUCCGGGCGUGUCCUACGCUGACAUCCUCAAGCAGUGCCCGCCAAAGAAGGCGGCCACCCCGGCCAUAUCCAAGGCCCUGCACCACCUCACCAUGGCGAUAAAGAAGCUGCCGUCCUUCAAAGGCCUGGAGAGGAACAACCCCGAAGACAUCUCUGCGCUCAGGCAGCUGUUUCUGGAUCACGUCAAAGAGGUGGGCCUGAAAGAGCCCACCGACCAGGGGCCCAACCAGCAAGUGGUGAGGUUCCUAGAGGAGCUGUCCAUCGCCAACCCCAAGAGGCCAGAAUGGCAGAGGCCCCGGCCUCCGACUCCAUACCCCCAGCACCGCAAGGGACGUAGCAGGAAGUUGCCCGCGUUCGAUACGGCUGUGCCUCCGGUGGUCACCUUCUUGGGCAGCGACUCGAAAUGCGAUUGGCUGGUGCAGGAUGAAAGCCAAAUCUCACUGGACGACGUUGCCAUGGCGGUGGACGAAGCGGGCGCGGCCCCCCCAGAACAGUGCAGCGCAGGCGACCAAGAGCCCGAAGAGGUCGGCUCCCCUCCCUCCAUCGCAGCUCUCCUGUCGGAACAGGAACUGCCAGAGGAGGCUGACAGGUGCGGGCAGACAUCAUGGUGGAGGCUGUCGGGCCCGGAAGGUGGCGCAGAAGAAACUGUUCCACCGCACGACUUGUCUCCGCUGGCUGCCGUUUGGUCUUCCCAAACAGAGGACCCCCCCUCCGUGCUGCUUCUAGCCCCACAACCACAUCUGCCCAGCGAGGCACCAGAGCCGCCCAGCCCCGCCGGUUCUGCCCCCUGCGGCCCCGCCAGGCCAACUCCAGAGCAGAAGGUGCCAGCCGCCGUGGAAGCAAGGCCCAAGGUUCGAAAGCAGGCUCCCGCCGCCUCCAAGUCAAAAGAGAAACUCAAAUCCGCGGGCCAGCCCAAGGUGAAGGUCGCCAAGGUCAAGGGGCAGAAGCAACGGCCCCGCAGCAGCGGCGUGACCUGCCCGCUGAGGUUGGAGCAGGUUCCUCUCUUCAUGCCUUUUGAGAAGGUUGCGAGGCCGUUUUAUUUUGGAGAACCGAUGGAGGCGCCCUCGUCACCAGAUGCGUCAGAAGCCACCAAACAGGACGCUGCCCACGCCCAGGCCGGUCCUGAACAAGAUCGAGAGGUCCUCUGCCCUGCUCAGCGUCGCCAGUGGCCAGCUUUCCAGGUGGCGGACGCGUGCCCCAGGAAGUGCUACUGCAGACACCAAGAGGAGCGGAAGCUGCCCAAAAACGUCGCGGCUUGGCUCAACCCUUCCACCAACCACCUGGCCGAACCUCCCUGGGUUGCCACCGCUCUGCUAGCCGUCUCACUGGUUGCCGGGACCAAGUUCUGCCUGGAUUCCUACAAACAGCAACACCCCACCCAUGAAGACUGAACUCUUCGCCCAAGCAGCCUCCUCAA